AUGCAGAACCCGGAACUCGAUGCGCUCAUUUUUGAUCAAGAUCCAAAUGACGGCCAGAGCUUUGAGUUUGAUUUCAGCACACCCAAUGGUCAUGCAUUGCAGGGCGAUCUUUCCGAAAGCGAGGGACAGCGGACCCCACGGUCAAGUGACCAUGGAUCAUCUUCUUUACCCUCUUAUACUCUCAUAUGGAAGCUACAACUACGUCGGGGAAGAGUGACAACGCUUACACAAGAUACUAUAGAGAAUGUCGAUAUUGCGCCUGGUGCGUACUGGAACGACAAUUUAAUGACCGAACUCUCAAGUCCCGUGAACGAGAACGUACCUGAGCCUCACUUUCAGCCCGACGAGACAAACAUCACCCUAUCCAACUCCAAGCGUGGCGUGCCGCCGUAUACCAGGCGAUUUCCUAAACAAGUCAUUGACUGGAGUGACAUUGAAAGCAAACUAAAGUCCUGGAAUAAUCUCAGCGGCGCGAUUAAAGUCGUGAUCUCGCUCAUAUAUAAAGAAAGUCAAGCGCCAGACAAAAAGGCUAAAGCAGGACGUGGAGCCACCAAGAAACAUCUUGCAGCUCUGAACAGUCUUAUCACCCGGCAGGAAGCAUAUGGUGAUCGUCCGGUGUGGAAAGACGUGUACCAGUUGAUGGAAUGCACUAGCGCAAGCUGCAUGAACCGAGGAUUUCCCUGCCUGCGCGAGGACGAUCGGCAUUGGAAGCUUGACUCGGACAUCAUGGACCGGCUCGUCGACCAUGCCGAGCAGGGCAACCCAUUUGAGACGCAUGCCGAUGUACCUCCAGGAAUUCGCGAGCUGAUAAAGAUACGCAAGGAUGAAGAAGAUGCUCGUAAGAAGCGGAAGCGCCACGGGCCAGACACGCAGCCCAUAAGCAUCCGCUUGUGCUGCCAUGAACAUUCUUCUAGCCAGGGCCAGCCAGCAUUGACGGUCGAUUUUGCGGAGCCGGAUGAUAUGGCACCUAUUAUAUAUGCUCACUGGCUAAGCGCUAGAGUCACCAAUCAGCAUUGGCGAGAUGCGACAAAGCUGGCGGGCGAGGUAACUGUGGCUAAAGGAUAUGAUCUUAAAUGGCUGCACGCCAAUCAGAAGGAGGGGCAAAACAUGCUAGUCGCGAACGGGGUCUUGGAAGGCGUUGCCGCUCGAUUUGUGAGCUGGGGGGUGCAGAAAUGGGUAGAUGAAAUCACGGUAGAUUGA